AUGGCACGACUGAACGAGCCCCUGGCGGCGCCAGACUGCAUAGAGACACUUCGACGGAGAUUCCUUCGACAGAAUCGAGACAUUGCCAGGACAAAUUCGACACAAUCACUGCGCAUCCGCAGCUUGGAGAAUGAGUGCGCGCGCAUGCUCUCUGAGAACCUCGAGCUUCGCGGCCAGAUACUACGACUGGAGACAGAACUGCGUGAGAGCCGCGCUCAGCGCAUCGCCGACCAUGCGCUGGAGAUCAAAGAGAAGAUGGAGGCCCAGCUGCUAGAAUGGGGCUCCAUGCUCGCCAGCCUCGGCCACGAGCCCAUCCCCAAGAACCGCUCGCCUCGAGCUGCCAAGAAAAUGAGGAUGAGUCCCGGCAUGGGCCUCGCCAGCUCUCCGAGGCUCAGACGCAGGAACACGAGCGAGCUAGAGGCAGCUGCUUUGCAAGAAGGCAGAUUGGCCCCUCUUUGGGAGAACAAGUCGUGUCCACGGGAGACCUUAAACCAAGAGGAAAUAUUGGCCCUCUGCUCCGAGGCAGUGGAUACCACAGACUCGCCCGAUCUGGGGCCUCCGCCCGUGUCACGGUUUGUGGACGAAGAUCCGGUCAAGAUCGGUCUGCCAACAAAGUCAUAUUCAGAAGCAGAGAGUGUGGAAGAGUCUUUGUCGAAACCACUCGUCAGGGAGGCCAAGGAACCAACGCCCGAGAACGAGCCAGCAGAAGAGGAGCCACAAGAGAUCGAAUCCAGUUUCCAAAAGCCCGUCUCCAGACCCGUGGUACUGCUCCCAGCACCAGAGCCUGAAGUUGCUAAGGCCAACUUGAAGAGAAAGACGAGAGAGGACGAGGAACGGGAUGCCGCGCUGGAGAUGAGACCACGAGGAGACCCCACGAAAUUGGUCAAGGGUGGGAAAGAGAACCUGCCGUUUGCACUCGAUCGACCGGCCUCCAGGCCCAUCAAACAUCUUCCUUUGGCACGAAAAGAUGCACGCGAAAAGCCGAUAGCUGCAAAGCCCUCGGCAGCGCCGCGCAAGCCGCUCGGGGCCAAGAGUGCGAACGAAGUAGUGAAUUCGCCAAAGAAAUCGGCAAAGGGGUCAAUAUUGGACGAGAUCGCGAAGGCCAAGGCAGAGUUCAAGGGUAGCGAGAGGACCAAAGAGAGGGCAAAGCCGAAAAUGAAGGAAGCGCCCACACCUGUCGAGAUCCCAGCCCCUGAGCCCGAGCCGGUGCAGGUAGCUUCCGUCGAUAUCGCGCCAGAUGCCCUGUCGGCAGAGCCAGAUUUGGCCAUGCCCGACUCUCCACAGCCGGCAGCGCCUCGCGAAGAGAUGAGAGAUACGCCACCGCCUGCCGAUAUCUCAGCCAAAGGAGAGACAAGCCGAGGAAGCCGUAGGGCCAAGGCUGCCGUCAGCUACGCAGAGCCGAACCUCCGGGAUAAGAUGCGCCGGCCUACUAAGCAGCUAUUCGACGCCGUGGCAGGAGAGGGCAAGUCGAUGCGGAGAACUAGUCACUCAAAAUCCAUUGACCUGCCGUCUGUGAAGUCCGAAGAGAAGUCACAGGGCUGGAAAGAUCUCCCGGCGGCCUCGGGCUCGGCUGCAUCCGAAAUGGCCGCCAGUCCCUUGGUACGGAAAGUGUCACGGACAUCGCCUUCGGAUUUAUUACCCACUACGGACUUGACAGACAGAAGGAAGCGAGAUUCAGUUCAAGGAGGCGGAUCGGACAAUUCAGCCCUGGCAACGGGAAAAGGAUCGAACAAACCCAUGAACCGCCGGCUGGAAGAAAUCGCAACGAGAGAAGCCGAGGUUGCCAAGAUAUUCGAUGGGGAGGAUGUUUACGAGUUCACCAGCUCUUCGCCAAAGAGCAACGGGUCGCAGGCUUCAACACCAGAGAAGACCAGGAAAACCAGCUCUUCACGCGCUGGGAAGUCGAGAAGGCUGUCCUCCAUAAUGCGGGAGGAACUGGCUGCCGAGGCAGCCUCCACAGGCCCGCACGAGAAGAGCAAGAACCCCCGGAAGCGCGCCUCGAUGACGGUUCAGAAGACCACGUCGCGCUUUGAUUCCGAGGACGGCCCCGCGGAAGGCGACAGCAGUUUCAACAGCACCAGCUCAGGAGACAUGGAUGCCGCGGUGAAGGACAAGGUCUCGAUGAGGAGACGGAGUAUGAUGUUAUGA